GUCUGUGCCGCUUUUAGUGUUUAGUCCUCGUUCUACUCGGUUGGCGCGCUAACGUUGACUUUCGUCUUCUUCUUUACGCGAAUCCAAGAACGCGCGCGCUCUUUCUCUCUCUUUCCGUCCUCUUCUUGGUGUAUGUUCCCCUUCUUUUUUUUAUCUGUUCACCGUUCCAUUUGUGAGGGGGUGCGUUUUCGACUUAACCCUCUCCCCUUCCAUCGCGAGUGACGCCGGGUUUCGCGAAGAAGGAGGUUCAAAGUGCCGUUUCCUGGAUGCAGUGCGAGAAACGUGUGUGAAAUCGGUGCUUUUUUUUGUGAGACAAUCGCGGAAGCGACUUCCGUCGCGGCUUUUCCGCGCGCUACACACCGGAUGUUUACAAUGGACACAAGCGCGAGUGUCUGUGACGCCGCCCUGUUGUAAUAAUCGGGACCGGAAAUGCCGUCCGCCGCGUGAAGUUUCGGAGCAGUGGCCCGUGGAUUUUGAUGCCGGAAACGGCAGAUCUGUCUUCUUUCAAAAGUGUAUUGUUAACGUUGUCCCAUGGACUGCAACGCCACUGCCAGCGGAUCGGAGCGGAUGACGAUGGCAUAAUGGAUCAUGACACAGACGGAGACGGUGCGAUCAACUUGUCAACGUCACAACGACCCUCCGCCGCCACUACCCCUAAUGGUGAUACUCCCACUUACGGCCAAGAUCAACAAGACAACGAUCAGGCUACCUCGCUGUUUGCAGCCCUGAAACAGCAGCAACAACAAACGCGCGACAGCGUCUUCUCGUCGCGAGACCGCGACUGUCGCGACAGGGAUCGCCUGUCUACGACACGCAAUCGUGACUCCGGCAGGGGUAACAUUGCGGAGACCGGCGGCAACGGGGCUGCUGAUCAGCAGCAGCAGCAGCAGCAGCAGGAUCUUAGUAUCGGGUACCAAAGCAAUGGGAAGCUCAGUCCCGCCGGACACACAGUGACAGCAGCACCCAUGACCCAGCAAAAGCAGCCGAUCAUUACGCAGCAGUCGCAACAGCCCAGCUCGGGGGCGCCAGGACCCCAACCUAGUCCGCAUCAGAGUCCGCAAGCUCCACAGAGGAGUUCACCGCCGAAUCCUUCCCAGGGUCCGCCACCCGGUGGCCCGCCAGGGGCACCGCCGUCGCAGACUCCCUCGCAGAUGAUGCUCAGCUCGGCGAGCGGUCUCCAUCAGAUGCAACAGCUGCUGCAACAACACAUACUCAGUCCUACGCAGUUGCAAUCCUUUAUGCAGCAGCACACAUUGUAUAUGCAACAACAGCAACAACAGCAUCAUCAGGAUUCAUCUUCCGAUCAUGCAUCUAACCAGGAACGUUUUGGCUACUUCUCUUCUUUAAAAAACCAUCAACAUCAACUUGCGGAACUCAAUAAAAAACAGUUGGAGCAAGCGAUGCAACAACUGCAGGAACAGUUGCAACUGAAUUUAUUUCAGCAGACGCAUUUAUUGCAAACGGCAGACAAGAAAAAGGCAUCGGCACCUCUUCAACAAUUAGCGAUUCAGCAGCAGCAGCUGAUACAGCAAUUACAGAUAACACAGAGGCAAUAUCUGUUGCAACAAGGACUAAGUCUUCAAGGCCAUAAUCCUUCUUCAGCAGGUUUGCCACCAAGCGAUAAUCUAUCAUCAUGGCCGAUCAAAUCAGAGCCGUCGGAUACUCCGGAAUCCCAUCAGAAUUCCAACGUGCCGAAGUCCAACUCCGGAUUAAACGGCAUUCUGAAUUCGAUAGUUUCAAGCCGGCGAUCCGAGGUAAAUGGUACAACGCCGAUGGAUGAGAAGCCGCUGGACGCCUCCUGCAACGAUAAAGUUCAUCCCCUCUAUGGCCAUGGAGUUUGCAAGUGGCCAGGCUGUGAAGUAAUUUGUGAAGACUAUCAAGCAUUCCUUAAACACUUAAAUACAGAACACACGUUGGAUGACCGAUCGACAGCGCAAGCUAGGGUCCAGAUGCAAGUAGUAUCACAGCUAGAAAUUCAAUUGCAAAAAGAACGAGAUCGACUGAACGCUAUGAUGCAUCAUCUGCAUAUGGCGAAACAGAUGGCUUCUCCGGAACCACCAAAAUCAUCCGAAUCAUCGACGGGCUCGAAUUUACCAAAGCUGAAUUUUUCUACCGCGCUGAUGAGUCAACCGCCACCUAACUUCGGGGUCUCUCAGGUGUCUCCGGUGUCCAUGUCCGCUCUGGUGUCCGCUGUGAGGUCACCUGGUGGGGGUCAACUACCCCCGUCGGCUGGUGGUGGACCGAUACCGCCACUUCCGACCAUACCUAAUAUGGCCGGUUUACCGCCGAUGCCCAAUAUGCCCGGCAGCAUGCCGAGCAUGGCUGGUCCAAUUAGACGGCGAAUCAGCGAUAAAUCAGCUCUUUCUUUAGCAGGAGGACUGUAUGACGAGGGCAUUGUAAGGCGCAGAGUAUCCGUCGAUAGAUCUGGAUUAGAUAUUAACGAAGAAAUUCAGCGAAAUAGGGAAUUCUACAAGAAUGCAGACGUCAGACCACCGUUCACGUAUGCAUCCUUAAUUCGGCAGUCUAUCAUUGAAUCUCCCGAGAAGCAACUGACGCUCAACGAAAUUUACAACUGGUUCCAAAAUACAUUCUGCUACUUCCGGCGCAACGCAGCAACGUGGAAGAACGCGAUCCGCACCAAUCUAUCAUUGCACAAGUGUUUUGUGCGCUAUGAGGACGACUUCGGGUCAUUCUGGAUGGUGGACGACGCCGAGUUCGUAAAGCGGCGGCAUCUGUCCCGCGGCCGCCCCAGGAAAUAUGACCCAACCCCAUCACCCACUCCACCCCACCUCUCCGCACAGGGCGUUCCAUCGAAGAGUCCAACUCUAACGCACAGUCCUACUAUGUACGGUGAUGCGCUUAAUGCCAACCUGCAGUAUUUUCAGGCGCUCGGGGAGUCUAAUAUGGGAUUUUUAAACAAUCCGAUGUGCACGUCGACAGCGACAAGUCCCGAUAAGGAACAUGUGUUACCUCAUAAUGAUUUAAUGUCGCCGCUGGAUGAACCGGCCAUGCACAUAAAACAGGAGAGCCAGAGCCCGGAAGGAGGGAAACACACGAGAUUAAUAAAGCGCGAGCUACCGGACGGUCCUAUGGAACAGGAGACGGAGGAAGAUCAGACGGACGAUAGAGAAUACUCGGAGAGCCACGGUCACGAUUCCGGCCAGGACGAGGACAUGGCGGAGGACCUAUCGAUGGCACCUGACAUAAUGAUCCCGGAGGAUCAGGUCGAGGCGUAGUAUCGCUUCGUCGUGAUAAACCAGUAGAAACGAGAUAUGUACAAGAUGUCCCGUUUAUUCCGGUCAUGAGAGGAGGAAACUCUACCCUCUGGCUAGAGUAAAGACGGUAGGCUGAGAGAAGAAGAAAGAGGGAAAGGAUGGGAAAGCAGAGAAUAACGGAAGCGAAGAGGACGAUGAAGACCCCCAGGACCACCCACCCCCUCCACUUCUCCUUCGUACGAAUCCCCCUCAACGUAUCAUAUCUGUACCGCGACACCCCAAUCGCGGUUUUAAAAUAACGAGAAGGAGGCAAGCGCGAAUGUGUUUGAGAAAAGACGCUGAACGAUGGAUGAUGACAGUGACGAGCGUACCACCGGAUGAUGUUAAGCGUGAAAAUCUCGGCGAUAUUCGGGGAGCGAUCCUUCGAUCCAUAUCCUUACUCAAGCAAUUGCGAACAACGAUGUAUUUUAUUUUCCUCUCGAUCUUUUCCGUUCCGGAGCCGCGGUUAUAUCUCUAAUAGAUAUAUACAUAAAUAUAUACAUAUACAUAUACAUAUAUAUCUCUCUCUCGUGUACAUUGCAUUAGAAAUUAAUGUGACGACAGUGAGGCACCGCGCACAGGGCGCGCCUUACCGGCGAGCACGUAUGUAUGACAGAAAGUAUUCUUCGCCGGAGGAACCGAUGUAGCCUCGCGAUUAUACAUUUGCGUGAAUAUGCAUACCGAUAUGCGUGCAUAAAUCAAAUUCGGACAGCAGUAAUUCGGCAAUGCAUCAAUAAAUCUUCAAACUUUUUUGCAUUAAGUUGCACCGAACUGAUAGCAAUAUAAUUUUUGCUACAAAUAAAACUCUUACGUUAAAUUGAGAAAUUAACUAUAUGUAUAUUAAUACAAUCUACUGUAUAUGUUUUUAUAUUUCCA